AUGAUAUUUUUCGUAUGGUCGCUUGUGUUAUCUGCAGUGCAGUUUGCACAGCGUCAGCGGCUGGUGUCAAUAUUAUCGGAAUAUUUCGUUUGGAACCUUUCGCAUAACUCAGUGCUUCUAUGUCGGAAAAUUCCUUGUUUUUCUUGCUUUUCAAGGAAUAAGAAGAGUUAUGAAAGAUUAAAUGGUACUCUGGACACACUAAGAAAGACAAACAGUGAACCAUGUCUUCCAAGUGAACUCAUCACAAGACCAAUUUAUCGCACCGAGGAAAUGGAAUUUGUGGUUCAGUUAGAUGCUACACCAUUGGAUAUUAUGGACUGGAAUAUAUUUAUGCCACCAUUCCAUGGUUCUCUUCCACGUAUUCAUUUUAUUGCUUUUUUGGAUAAGAAAUCUGACGAAUAUAAGGAAACGUCGAGUUGUAUUAGUCUUACUGAUUCAUUAAAUGUCAUUGGUGAACAAUCGAACGCAGGCAGUAAUACCAUUUGUUCUUCCGGCUUAUCACCAGUUUUGGUUAGUAAUUUAUGCAAUAAAAUCGCUCAUCGACGAGGGCAUCCAUGGGAAAUCCUUUAUGAAUGUACAUUGUAUGAUUUUUAUGAUAUUGCUUUUGCAUGGUCGCAGAAUGCAUUAUUUGAUAUUGAUGGCAAAGCAGUAGUUAAAAUGAUGAAAGUGAUAACAUUGCCAGAAAAAUUUUUCAUUCAACUGGGUGAUAGCAACAGUUUGCAGAGGAGUGUAUCACCUGCUCUAAGUUCACAAAUUCAAGCAAAAAUUAUAAUAAUAAAAGAAAAGAAAAGGGAUAAAAUGAAUAUUAUCAUUGUAAUAAACAAUGGUCAAUUUUUUGGUGGUGAAUGGGGCAUGAAUUCACCACCCAACAGUCUAUCGCCGGAGCCACUUUCGUUAUUGGAAUUACUUUAUGAACGAGAACAUAGCUAUAUCAUGGAUAAAGAUGAUUACCGAAAUUUCCACUAUUCCUCAGCCUUAUCACUGUGUAAUAACAAUGAUUCAGCCUUACAUCACAAUCAUCGACUGGAAUUUCCUGUACUACCUUCUUUUCAGCUAUCAGUUGAUGUUCCGAACAAUGGCUGUUUUGAAUAUAUCACGAAACCGAAUUCAUAUCGAUCAAGGAUAUCAUCCGUUUCUCUCGAACGAGUCCAAACAGUAUUCAGUGAAGCUGCUCCAUUUUAUGUCCGAUAUCUUAAAGAGCAAAAUAAAAUGAGCAAAUGGUUGUCAAGGUUAUUGUUUAAGUUUGAUUUAACCGAAACAUUGAUUUCCAUUUGCUGUGUGGAUUAUGUGAAAAGCUUCAUGUGUUACCGUGUUGUUCAUGACGUUGGUGAGGCCUUGACAUAA